AUUACAUUAAGCUCCGUUGACUUUUUCUUUUUUGUUCUGAAAGCAACAACGAAUUACAUGGCAUCAUCAUCAGCCCCUCAAGUCAUAACCUGCAAAGUGGCAUGGGGAGCUGGAGAGGAAUUGGUAAUGGAGGAAGUGGAAGUCAGUCCUCCCCAACCAUUGGAGAUUAGAAUUAAGGUUGUCUCCACCUCUAUCUGUUCUAGGGAUCUUAAUGCUCGGAAAUAUCAAGCCAUAUUUCCUCGCAUAUUUGGCCAUGAAGCAUCUGGAAUUAUUGAGAGUGUAGGGCAAGGAGUUACUGAAUUCAAUGAAGGGGACCAUGUGUUAACAGUUUUCAUUGGAGAAUGCAUGUCAUGCAGGACAUGCAAAUCAGGAAAGAGUAGUAUUUGCCAAGUUUUGGGAUUGGAAAAAAAGGGUUUAAUGCAUAACGAUCAAAAAACGCGAUUCGCGGUAAAAGGGGAGCCUGUUUAUCAUUUUUGUGCAAUUUCAAGUUUCAGUGAAUAUACAGUAGUCCAUUCUGGAUGUGCAGUAAAAAUCAGUCCUCAUGUACCUCUUGAGAAAGUAUGCCUUCUCAGUUGUGGUGUUGCUGCAGGUUUGGGUGCGGCAUGGAAUGUUGCUGAUGUGUCAAAGGGAUCAACGGUGGUUAUAUUUGGUCUUGGAACGGUUGGCCUUUCUGUUGCUCAAGGCGCCAAACUAAGGGGUGCGUCUAGAAUAAUUGGUGUUGACAAAAAUCCACGAAAGUGUGUAAAUGCUAAAGCUUUUGGGAUUACUGAAGUAAUUGAUCCAAAUUUGUACAAAGAACGGCCUAUCGCGCAGGUUAUAAGGCACAUUACUGAUGGUGGAGCAGAUUUCUGUUUUGAUUGUGUAGGUGACACUGAUAUCAUAACCACUGCAUUGGAGUCAUGUUGUGAUGGAUGGGGUGUGACUGUAGCACUUGGUGUGCCAAAGGCUAAGCCUAAGAUCUCAGCUCAUUAUUCUCUAUUCCUUAGAGGAAGAACUUUAAAAGGAUCUAUAUUUGGAGGAUUGAAACCUAAAUCAGAUAUUCCUUCUUUAGUAGAGAAGUAUAUGAAUAAGGAAAUCCAAAUUGAUGACUACAUAACACACAAUUUGCCAUUUGAUGACAUUAACAAAGCCUUCAAUCUUAUGACAGAAGGAAAGUGUCUUCGUUGUGUAAUCCACAUGCCAAGAUAAUUCCUUUUGAUUCUUAUUUUUCAAAACAUGUAAUAGUAUUAAUUAAGAUUCAGAUGAUGUAAUUGUCCAAAUAUUAUCAUGGGUUUGAGAUUAGGAGUUGUUCAAAUUUUAUUU